CUGACCUCAUGUCCUCGCUGGACAGCGGCAUUCAGAGCGUGACCAAGUCGGACGGCAGUUCCCCGCACGUGGACUUUCCCGACGAGGUCAGCACCAGCUACGGCAACGAGGACGAGGUGUCGUCCAGCUCCGACAACGCCGUCUCCAAGCCCACGCGCAGCCCGCUGCUGGGCGGCUCGCCUAAGCUGCCCCGGGGGGAGCACGCACUUCUCAACGGACAGAAGCCCCUGGCUCUCGGCCUCCUCAAUACAUCUACCUCGACCCCCGACAGCUACGGGCUCAGCACCACGGCAGGCACCCACCCCGGCACGCCGGGCAUGGAGCAGGUGCGGACCCCCACGAGCACCUCGGCCCAGGACGAGAUCCACCCGCUGGAGAUCCUGCAGGCGCAGAUCCAGCUCCAGCAGCAGCAGCUCAGCAUCUCGGAAGACCAGCCCCUGGGGCUGAAGAGCAAAAAGGGGGAGUGCGCAGGGCAGAACGGGGACAGUGACUUGGGCAGCUGUUGCUCAGAGGGCGUCAAGGGCACCAUGAGCACCAUCGACCUGGACUCCCUGAUGGCAGAGCACAACUCCACCUGGUACCUGCCCGGCGAGAAGGCCCUGAUGGAGGGGCAGGACGAGGACAAGCCCAUGGCGCCCUGGGAGAAGCCCAAGCCCCCGAACCCCAGCAAAGAAGCCCACGACCUUCCCCCGAACAAGACCUCAGCGCCGGCGCAGACGGGCAGCCACUUGCAAUGCCUCUCGGUUCACUGCACGGACGACAUGGGCGAGGCGAAGGGCCGGACUGCGGUGCCGACAUGGAGAUCCCUGCACUCAGACAUCUCCAACAGAUUUGGGACUUUUGUGGCUGCCCUGACUUGAACAAAAAAAAUUAUUUUUUUCCUCUUUUUAAUUUCAAAGGGCCGCUACUGCUAGGUGGACUAUUUUUCUAGGUUGGUACCUGCUUAGUGGCAUAUGGACUGGAAAGGGUUAAUUUAAAGUAAACCUCAACUUUUUUUUAAUCUUCUGCCACAGUAUGUUACCAGUGUUAACCCUUCUGCAGUUAGCACACUUUUGCUUAAGAUUUUCCUGCUAGACCACUUUUUCCCCAUUAUUCUGUAAUCUUGGCAUACAUUUGUAGAUGAGGCCUUUUCCUUUUUCAUCGCAGUGUAUGUCCAAGUCACGUAUGUCAUAAUAAGACAAAGAUACUACUUCUCCUCCUCCUUUCCCUUUUCAUUUUUUUUUUUUUUCUUUCUUCUUUUUUUUUUUUUGCUUUGUUCAGUGCUUAUUGCAAUGGUAAUCCUGAAGAACAGCAGUUCAGGAAUAAAUGCCAGUUAAAGGGAAGUUGUCAUCAUUAUAUUAUGUAUUGACACCCAGCUUUCGCCAGUCACACACAAACCAAACAGUUAGUGCUCUGUUCAGUAGUCAGGCAAUGAUUCUAUUCUUUCUUGGGAAGAUUAUUUUUUGUUAUUAAUAACACAUUUAAUCACCUCCCUCCCUCGCUGAUUUUCUCCAUUUCUCCUUCUUUAGGUGAGGACAGGAUUUGGUUUAUUUACUGUUGUGAAGCCCAGAUACGGAGUUCUGUUAUGAACAGCAGGGCCUGGUUCAGACACAGCCCUGAAGUUUUAAAGGUUUUGUUCUGAGCAAGUCUAACAGGAAGUUUACAUAAUGAUUAAUAAUUAUCAUCUUCUCUACCAAACACCCAGAUGGCAGUAGAAUUUGUUUUAUCUCCUUCUCUCACUUGUGAGGAAGAGUGAGGGGUGCAGACAUGCUCCGGAGCAUGGUGUGUAGCCUUUCAUGUUUGUGGUGCUGUUGCUGGAGUUGUCAUUUUAUUUUAUAACUGUUUAAAGAAGAAAUCUCCCCAAAAGCUACUAAGUCUGCCUGUGUGUUGCUCUUAAUCUGUGGAGCAAUGUCCUGGCCACACAAAUGUAAGCCCAGUGUGGCACUGAGGUGCUGAACUCCCUCAUGCUAGGCUGGGUUUAAGUCUGCCAUGCUGCAAUUACUGGAGUUACCAAAGUCACUGGAAGGCUGUACUGAAGCAAAGUUCCCAUUUUUUCCCCUUUUGUUCGCUGAAGGGAGAUAGCUGUUGAUUGGAAGUGUUAUGUAGCUUCCUGCGUACUUGUCUGUAGCCAGGAACGACGCUGUGGCUUUGCUGCCAUCCCUGGAGCAGCCGCCGUGGGUGUCCUGGUGCGGCGAUGACGAUGAUGGUAACAGUGGUGGUGCCGAGCGAGGGACUGCCAGGGCCAGGGCCAGGGCUGAGGCUGCAGGUCUGCUUGCAUCUUCGUGUCAUGGUGCGAGAGCGUUUUUGUUCUAAUCCUUCUCCAGAUACCGUUCCCCAUAUGCUGGGGUCAGCGUUUUCUCAUCUGGCAGGGCUGGGAGACCCCAAGUUAGACCCCCUGAGCUCAUUCUAGGCCCCAUUUUUGCCAUGCAUCUGAAGAACAGUGUUAUUAGAUGCACACAAUAAAAGGAAAAACAUGCUUUCCUGCUCUUGAUAGAUAAUACUCAUUUGAGAAGUAAGUUGGAAGCAAACCAGCUAAAAACAAAAAUGACAUGGUCUGACACUCCUGUGGUUUUACAUAACACUGUCUAUUAUUUGUGUAUCCUCUGUUUACAGGGAAUGUGAACAGUCCCACCCUUGUUCAGGCCAGCUUGGUUUCCUCUGCUCCCUGAAGCUUAGUAACAUCAUUGGAAAUUUAGGUUUUAGCUGUGAAAUAAAGGUCGGAAUUGCUAGUGUUAUUUAUUGUUUCUUUCAUGAAUUCACAAAAUGUGUCCCUUCUCAAGGGACAGACUUUGAAGACUGCUUUGUAUUUAUCUUAGAUGAUUGUGCUGGGCCUUUAAUUAUUUUGAAAUAGUGUCCUCAGUAGACAUCAGUGGAGAGGGAAUUCUGCCUAAAAUGCUAAUGGCACAGGAGCGUCACUUUCAAUCAUAUGUGGCUUCAAAAAAAAAUUAUGGUGUUUAUAAAGACAGGAUUUUUCUCUGUUAUUUGAAUGUACUCUUAUUGGCCAUGUGCUGAUUGUUUUCCUGUUAUGGUUCUGGUCAGUGACUUUAUUUUGGAUAAAUUUGGGGUAUUAAGCUUUGGUUUUUAAUACUGGUUUAGUUUUUAAUUGGAGCUGCCACUAGGAUGAGGAUUUUUUGUCCAUCCUGAAGCAAUUGACUGUGGAGCUGUCUCUUACCCACUUGAUCUGGAACAAAAAGAUGUGAUAUUUUGUACCUUUUAUAGGUGCUUAUGCUACUGAAAAGUCCAGAGCUCUUCUGUGUACCUGCAAUAAAAAUAUCCCUAGUAAAAUAUCUCCUCACAGAAUAAUAAUUGGCAUUCCCAAUGCUGGCAGAUGCCUCUGCCUGUGAUUUCUUAAGUCUCAGUUCACCUAAAUACGUGUUUAACUUUACAUCCUGUCUAACAAAGCACUUAAGUAAGUGCUAAACUAAGUAAAAUUUAUGUAUCUGAUGAAGCAUGGGGAUAAGUGCUUUGGCGGAUUAGGGCCACAAUUCUAAUAGUUCUGUUGCAGCUUAUACUUGUUCAAGCUAGGUGUGUCUUGGAGUGAACCCAACAAAACACAUGCCUAGACAUAUGAUGUUGUCUUUCAACACUUAGAGCUGAGACU